CGGCGCUGGGGCGGUGGUGCGGGCCGCGGUGGCGGCGGUGGAGUGUCUUCUGGGCUGAGAAGUUUCCACUCCUGCUGAAGCUGCUCUGCCCGUGUCCACUGAGCCGUGUACCUCUGUGCCCUCUGCACGGCAGCACCUUGCUGAGCUGCGGGCAGCCCCUUCACCCUUGCCUGGGGUCACUGUGGAAGGACCAUGGCAGACACCGGGGAGGGGAAAAAGGAGGAGGCUGAUUAUAAAAGACUUCACAGCUUUCCACUGAUCAGGCACACAGACAUGCCGGAGGAGAUGCGUGUGGAGGCCAUGGAGCUGUGUGUCACAGCAUGUGAGAAAUACGCCACCAACAACGAGAGCGCUGCCAAGAUGAUCAAAGAGAUGAUGGACAAGAAGUUUGGGUCCUCCUGGCAUGUGGUGAUUGGGGAAAGCUUUGGCUUUGAGAUCACUCAUGAGAUGAAGAAUCUGCUGUACAUGUUCUUCGGUGGCAGCCUGGCCGUGUGCGUCUGGAAGUGCUCCUGACAUCUGGCCGGGUCCCAGACUCACUGCAUACAAGGGAUCCUUCCUUCUCUUGCCAGGUUUUGUACACUCUGGAGAUGGGGCUUUAUAUUUUAAUAGUUAAACGUCGAGCGUUUUCUUCCGUACUGACCUGCCGGUUCCGUGGGAUGCACACCGC